AUUUAAACCAUGAUGGUGUCACCUACAUGCUCUCUGAACAGGUAGCAGGCUGUUCUAACAGGAAAGGCAAUGCUGCGGGUAAUUCCCCUGCAGUUAACUCCUCAUAUAAGUGUACAUUAUUUCCUUUAAAAGCCCAAAGGUAAAAGUGGCUGGGAGAAAGGAUUUAUACUUCUGUAAGUUUUGGAUGAUGUAUUUCUGGAUUGCCCUUGUGAGAGGGCCAUGAUGUCAUAAGGCCCCUGCAGCCACGGCAACCUGGUUCUUAGAAUCCUUCCAGGCCACAACUGACCACAGUUGAGCCUCUGACUGGGCACUGUACUGCAGUGUGGCCAGACCAGGGUCCUUUCUCUCCCCACUACCCAGUCUACGUCUUGUUUUCUCUGUGAAUUAAGGUACUGGAGAUGGAGAAAGGGUUCCUGGGUCUCUCUUCCCGCGUCUACUGUGGUUCUAAGAGUCGGGGAGCGCUUUAGCCGAGCUCUUCCAUGUCCCCAGGUGUCUCUAACGUGGGCUUUCUCCUUCUGUUUGUUUAGACCUGAGGCUGGCCAUGCUUCAGGUGCCUAGAGAUGGUGACGAAGGAGGCAGGGCCACCUCCGGGAGCGCAGGGAAAGAAGAGCAGCAUCACACUUCACCUCAGAAGCUGCUUCUGGAUUGUAGCCUCUGCGGGAAGGUGUUCAGCCGCACCAGCUCUCUUAGCAAGCACUACCUGACGCACAGCCAGGAACGGAAACACGUUUGCGGAAUCUGCAGCAAGGCCUUUAAGCGCAAGGACCACCUGACUAGGCACUUGCUCACCCACCAGAAGACCAAGCCCUUUGCGUGCAGGGAGCAGGGCUGCAGCAAGAGCUACUGUGAUGACCGCUCCCUGCGCCGGCACUACGAGGUCCGGCACGGCUUGUGCGUCCUGAAGGAGGCCCCCCCUGAGGAAGAAGCCUGUGGGGACUCCUCUCCUGCCCACGAGGUGGCCGGCCAGCCUGCUGCGGAUGGCCUGUGGACCCUGGUGCCUCCAGAAGCCAGGUCCCCAGGCCCCCUUUUGCCCAACCGAGAGCCCCUGCGCUCUAUUGUAAGCAGCCUGGUCCACCAGGAGAUCUCUUCUUCCGGCCCGGUCCUGGCCGGGCCCUCAGUUGACGGGGAAGGGAAAAACACAGCCUGUCACUCCCCACCCUCACUGGGGCCCUACCCCUGCACCCCAGCGGCCCCAGGGACCCUGGGCAGUGAUGUUCCUGAGGCGUGUCACCCCCUGUGGAAGGAGCCCGCCACUGGGUUCACAGCCAUUCACUCCAGGGUAGCAGAGGAUGGUGGUCCACACCCAGGUGAUUCGGAGCAGCCGCCCCAGCUACCGCCCACCCUGGAGAGCGGGCAGGAGGGUGGGACCCUGCCGGCUGGCCUGCCUCUGUUCCAAGGCCAGGCAGCGCCUGCCAGUGCUGAGCCUUCAAACCACAACUUCCAGUGGCUCCGGAACCUGCCAGGCUGCCCCGAGAGCGAAGGGAACGAUGUGUUUGCCAUCCAGAAGCCCACUUCCGUGUCCCCUCAGGAGGGCUCCGAGUCUGGGCCCAGGCCCAGCAGCACCUCCCUGAUGGGGGAGCCCUCGCCCAGCGGUGGCCCCAGUCUGGAGGAUGCACUGCCCCUCCCCCCAACACUCCUGAAGGCACCUGCCGAGGCCUCCAAUGGCGCUGGAUAUGCCGGCGAGGAAGGGGACACCAGGGCUUCCAAGAAGAGCGAUUCUGACAGCGACUCCUGCUCACGGCAGCACGUGGAGGAGCCCGGCCUCCAGGAGGCCCUGAAGCCGAGUGGGCUGUCGUCUGACAACACGACGCCGCUCUCCGGGCAGUUGUUCCUGAAGUCGCAGGAGUGUCUGGUGAGUCAAGGGCAGAUGCAGGUGCUCCAGAUGAUCACCAAGUCCCAGGUGUUCAUCUCUGGCUCCCAGGUGGCUGUGGUCUCCUCCCAGCAAGCUGUGCCUGAGGGCAAGCAGGCUGUGCUGAAGCCACUGCAGGGUCUGCGGCCACACCAGCCCCCACCAUUGGCACCCACAGUUGACUCCUUCCAUCCUGGCCCUGCAAACCCAGAGCCAGAGGGAUCCCCGCCCCACAAGAGAAAAACCACGCCCGCCUUCCCCAGAGAGGCCUUGCCCGGCAGCAAUAGACGGGACACGAAGGGAGGACCAAAAGUGGCCCCUGUACCAUGGGAACCCCCUGGGAAUGCAGAUGUCUCCUCUCUGGCCAAGCAGCUGAGAUCCACGAAAGGGCCAUUAGACCUGGGGGACAUCCUCCCCACAGGGGGCCCACGGCAGACCCAGCUAACUGGGGACAAUCCUGCCGGAGCCCAGCUCCCAGGGAAGCAGGCCCAGGUGGAGAAUGGCCUGGCCUUGGGGGCCAUGAAAGGUGCAAAGGGCCCGGCCUGCUCCCAGGGCAGAGGCCACAGGCUCUUCUCUGGCAACAUGUGGGCCCAAUGUUUCUUGGACUUCCAGAAGGAGAAGGUGAAAAUGGAUACGCGCUGUGAGGCCUCUCCCAGCCAGGUGGCCAUGGCCUCCUUCUCAUCGGCCGGGCCUUCAGUGGACACCCCGCAGGACUCAAAGUCCAAGCUGACGAUAUCCAACAGGAUCCAGGAUGGAAAUACCUACCAGCUCCCCGAUCCAGUGAAGGAGGAGAGCACGGCAGGCGGAUGUAACCAGCAAAAUGGAGGCCCUGCAGACUGGGCAGAGUCAAGGAGCGCGUAUGUCUGCAAGAAUUGCAGCCAGAUGUUUUAUACAGAGGAGGGGCUAAUCAGCCAUAUGUGUUUUCUCAACGACCAGUGGCUGCCACCUCGAGCGAACCAGGACCAGCAGGGACAGGACAGAGACCAGGAGGAGAGAGAUGGGGAGGAGACCAGCCAGCCCAGAAAGCGGAGAGAGUGCCCCCGACCCAAGGCAUCAUUCCUGCCUCCCACCCCUUCUGCCUCUGGGGGGCUGGGCCCUGAAGAAGGCCACCAGAGCUGCCUGCAGUCUCCAGUGCUCCUGGGGGACCACUCCCUGCAGGGACUGUGCCCGCGUUCUCCCGAUACACCGCCCCUGGUGCUCAGCCCCAUCCGGGAGGGGUCUGGGCUAGAUUCCAGCACUCUCUGUUCCAUGUCCACUCAGGCUGGUCCUGACAAACUCAACAGCAGCAAGCUUGAUCUAGUGAAUGACGCUUCUGGCAUCUGCGCAUUCGAGGAUGACACGGAGCUCAGCACUGAACCACACAUCAGGAUAGGAGGCGAGUUUCAGGCCGAGAUCCCAGAGCUCCUGGAGCGCCCUCCUGCUGAGACCGAUGAAGAUGGAGCUUCUCUCGUCUGGAAGCCAUGGGACGAUAUGACAAGCAAUCCAGAAACACAGGAUAGAGUGACUGAACUCUGCAACUUGGCCUGCUCCAGCACGAUGCCAGGAGGGUGCACCAACCUGGAGCUCGCUCUGCACUGCCUGCACGAAGCCCAGGGUGACGUCCCGGUGGCCCUAGAGACCCUCCUACUGAGCGGACCCCAGAAGCCGCCGACUCACCCUCUCGCCAACUAUCACUACGCAGGUUCAGACGUCUGGACCCCCACAGAGAAGGAGCUGUUUAAUAAGGCAUUCCAGGCUCAUAAGAACAACUUUUCCUUGAUACACCAGAUGGUCCAGACAAAGACCGUGGCCCAGUGUGUAGAGUACUACUACACCUGGAAAAAGAGGGUCAGGUUUACUACCUCUUCUCGGGCCCCAGGACUGAAAAAGAGGGUUAAAAGAAAGCUGGCCGAGGCAGACCCAACAGAAGCAAAGGCCACUUGCAACCCUAAGAAGAGACCCAACCACCAUCCAACCGCUGAGUUGAAGACAGAGACGGAGAGUGGCAGGGGAGAAUCCGUCAUCACCGCCAGCCCAAGUGCUGCUCCCAAGCGGACCCCUGAGCCUCCGGAGCGCGUCCAGGGCCAAGGCGCUUUUCCCUGUGGGGAGUGUGAGAGGGUGUUUGACAAGAUAAAGAGUCGAAAUGCCCACAUGAAGCGGCACCGGCUUCAGGACCCCGUGGAAAGAACUGACGGGGAGGAGAGGCCAGCGAAGGCCCUUAAGCUGCAAGAGGAGGAGAAGGAGGAGGAAGGGGAGACGGGGCCUGACAUGGGCCCCUUGCAGGGGUGAUUUGGGCCGUGA